UGGGCCUGGACUGGAUUCCUCCCCCAAUCUACCUCCGAACGGAGAACAAUGGCAUCGCCGGCGGUCCAGCGUUCAUCUGUUCAGCGUCUUCCUACCUUCAAAGACAGAACCACCGCCACCCCCCCAUCCUCUGCCACCCCUCCAUCCUCAUCACUCUUAGAUUCCUUUGCUUCCGAUCCUAUUUUCUCCAAAUUCCUCUCUCCAGAUUUCGACUCCACCCGAUUCUCCUCCGAGGCUCUCUCUUCCGGCACCGCCGCUGCUCGUGCCGAGAAGAUCCAAGACGGCAUCCGUCUCCUCGAGAAACAGCUUCGUUCAGAGGUCCUGUCUCGUCAUAAUGACCUUCUCUCCCAGCUCUCUUCCGUCAAGGAUGCCGAUUCCUCACUCUUCGCCAUACGUUCUGCUGUUUCCACCCUCCAAUCCUCCGUCCGCCGUGUCCGCUCCGAGAUCGCCGAUCCCAACCGUCAGAUCCGAUCUAAAACCCUUCAACUCUCUAACCUUCAUUUCACUGUCGACCUUCUCCAGUCCACCGUCCGUGUACUCCGUCUGUCCAAGAAGCUACGCGACGUGAUGGCAGAACCUGAAACCGAGAAACUGGAUCUCUCUAAAGCCGCGCAAUUGCACAGUGAGAUAUUGCGUCUAUGCAAUGAGAAUGACCUAUCUGGAAUCGUCCCGAUCGACGAGGAACUGAAAUGGGUGUUCGAAGCAGGUCAGAGAUUGCGCUCUGAAGGGAUGAAGGUACUGGAAAGGGGACUUGAAGGGUUUAAUCAGGCAGAGGUUGGUGCUGGCUUGCAGGUGUUCUACAAUCUAGGUGAGUUGAGGGCAACCGUAGAUGGGUUGAUAAAUAAGUACAAGACUCAGGGUGUGAAGAGCGUGAGUGUUGCCUUGGAUAUGAAGACCAUAUCUUCAUCCGGAGGAGGUGGCGGUUUUGGUGGUCCCGGAGGUAUACAAAGGAGUGGAACACCGCAGUUUGGCAGCGGGGCUAAGGCUAAGGAGGCAUUAUGGCAGAGGAUGGCUACUUGUAUGGAUCAGUUGCAUUCAGUCGUGGUUGCUAUUUGGCAUUUGCAGAGGGUAUUAUCAAAGAAAAGGGAUCCCUUCACUCAUGCUUUGCUACUUGACGAGGUGAUGCAGGAAGGUGACCCUAUCUUAACUGCUCGUGUUUGGGAGGCAAUUGUAAAAUCAUUUGCAAACCAAAUGAAAUCUACUUUCACAGCAUCAAGCUUUGUUAAAGAGAUUUUUACUGUUGGUUAUCCAAAGCUCUUCGCUAUGAUUGAAAAUCUUCUUGAAAGAAUUUCACGUGACACAGACGUGAAAGGAGUUUUACCUGCCAUAACAGUAGAAGGUAGAGAUCAAAUGGUUGCCGCCAUUGAAGUGUUUCAGACAGCGUUCUUGGCCCUAUGCUUGAGUCGCCUAUCAGAUCUUGUUAACACCGUAUUCCCCAUGUCAAACCGUGGCAGUGUUCCCUCCAAAGAACAUAUCUCGAGAAUUAUAUCACGCAUCCAGGAAGAGAUUGAAGCUGUUCAAUUAGAUGCACGGUUGACACUUCUUGUCCUGCGUGAGAUCAGCAAAGUCCUGCUUUUGCUUGCACAACGAGCCGAGUACCAGAUAUCAACGGGUCCAGAAGCACGUCAGAUAACAGGUCCUGCUACGGCCGCUCAAGUUAAAAACUUCACACUCUGCCAGCAUUUACAAGACAUCCACGCCAGUGUAUCUUCCAUGACGAAAGGAUUUCCCACGAUUGCAUCAGACGUCUUGUCUCCUUCACUCAACACCAUAUACGAAGUUGCCUGUGAUUCAGUAACGUCCUUAUUCCAAACCAUGCUCGACCGUCUCGAAUCCUGCAUCUUGCAAAUCCACGAUCAGAAUUUCGGCGCUCAGGGUGCUGAUGCCGCAAUGGACAACAACGCAUCGUCCUACAUGGAAGAACUCCAAAAAUACAUCACUCAUUUCCGUAGCGAGUUUUUGUUACGAUUAUUGCCAUCAUCGGCUAAAGUGAUCUCAGUUGGGACAGAAACUAUUUGCACGAGGCUUGUCAGAAGCAUGGCGUCUCGUGUUUUGAUAUUCUUCAUCCGUCACGCAUCGCUCGUUCGGCCGCUUUCGGAAUCCGGGAAGCUGAGAAUGGCUAGAGACAUGGCCGAGCUGGAACUAGCUGUGGGUCAGAACUUGUUCCCUGUGGAACAGCUUGGUGCACCAUAUCGAGCCCUGAGAGCGUUACGGCCUGUUAUUUUCCUGGAAACGUCGCAACUGAGUGCGUCACCGCUGGUUCAGGACUUGCCGCCCAGUGUUUUACUUCACCAUCUUUAUUCUCGAGGUCCCGAUGAGUUGCAGUCGCCGAUGCAGAGGAAUAAACUUACGCCCAUACAAUAUUCGUUAUGGUUGGAUUCUCAAGGGGAGGAGCAGAUUUGGAAAGGAAUCAAAGCGACUCUUGAUGAUUAUGCGGUUCGUGUGAGAGCACGAGGAGAUAAGGAAUUCAGUCCCGUUUAUCCGCUCAUGCUAAGUCUCGGUUCAUCAAUAUCGGAAAAUAAUGCCAUUUCCCGGAAACCGAACACACCAAAAUAGAUUUAUUUAUACUGUUUUAUAUGUUUCUAAUGUACCUACUCGUUACUACUCGUUAUUUGUUA